AUGUAAUUCCUUCGUCAUAUCAGCCAGGAAUUUACCAUCGCUAGUAAGAUUUAGGAUAUCAGGAUUCUCUAUCCCAAUUAAAUGUUGUAAUCUAAUAUUGCUUAACAGCCGUUAGCCAUGUCCGUAGGAAAACGUCUCUUUCGUGAGCAGUUAGUUGCUUCAAAUCCGAAGAAAUCUCAAUAAUUUUCAACUGUAAUUUUUCGUUAGCCUUUUUCAAGACUAUAUUAACUUCUUGUCUUGUCAUCUGGUCGUUCACAAUCACAGCUGAUUCCAAGUAUCCACACAGCCAAAACACAUCAUUGUAUUCGGUAGCUUUCAAACAUGGAUAAAUUGAGAAAAGUUUUGAGUGGCAAUGAAGAUGCUGAUGAUGACAGUUCCACCGGCAUCAUGGCCGACAUCAGUAGUGCCACAACAUUGAGCUGGUCAUCAAGGAUACAGGCAUUCAUCAUAUGCUUCGUCCUGGGAAUUUUAAUGUCUCUUUUAGGCUCUCUUUCCAUGUUCCUCCACAAAGGGCUCGCCUUGUUCGCAGUAUUUUACACACUUGGAAAUGUCAUCUCGCUUGCAAGUACUUGUUUUCUGAUGGGACCUUUCAAGCAGUUGAAGAAAAUGUUCGCAGAGACCAGACUCAUAGCGACUGUCGUCACCAUCAUAAUGAUGAUUCUAACACUCUUUGCUGGGCUUGGUCUUAAAAACCCACCAUUGGCCUUGUUAUGCAUGAUCCUGCAGUUUCUCUCCAUGACGUGGUAUUCUCUCUCUUACAUACCUUAUGCACGAGAUAUGGUGAAGAAAACUCUCACCACUUGUAUCGCAUAAUUCUUAGAAAUCAGAAAUCCACCGUGUAAAAAAACCAAGCUGAUUUCUCUUCAGCUUAAACCAAAUCCUUUGCUCUUCCUCUACAGUGUAGUUGGUAGUAUCUAACCCCUAGGAGAAUAGAGGAGAAAAGUAGGAAAAAUCAUUAGGAGACUUUUUAUAUUCAGGAGCCAAUAUUUAAGGUUGCCGCAGUCAGGAAAUACUAGGAAAUGUUC